AUGGGGGAACGAGAAAAACGGCUAGAGUUGGGGGGUAUUGUGCAAUGGGAGAAGUUGAUGGUUUUGAAAAUGGUUACCUUUGGACGCAACUCGUCAGUCUCGGUGGCGGAUCCUUCUUCCGCUAACUCAUCAAGUGUUGGAAUACGAACAGUCAUAUCAGCAAUCAAAGCAUUCAUCUCAUCGGAUGCAAGCGAAAGAUGGUCAACGUUGGAACAGAUUGACCCGUGGGAGUUCUGA